CGGGCAAAAAAAUGGCUGAACCCUAUAGGCGAUCGAUCGAUGUUCUCUUGUUAAGGGCGGCGGUCAUUCUUACGCCCUCCUCACCGGGAUAUCCAAUUGAACUCUACUGUGGCUGGUACAGGGCGAGGUGCGACGAUUAAAGCGAGUUGGAGAGCAGAGCAGACGGGGCUAGCAAAGUCUAGGGGCUUUUGAUGGACGACGGCUGGGGACUACUCGGCGGCUUGUUUCCAGAGGUUUGGGCAAGGGUUGCGUGAAGCUGGAAGAUGUUGAUUGCUCUGGCGGGUUGCAACAGGUAGAUUGGUCUGCAGUGCACGAGCAGAGUGUCCAGCAGCAAGUUCCAUGGGCGUGGUCAGCUGGAAUUGUCCGGGCCUAGGCAAGCUUGCUACUGUCCAGGUUUUAGUUGAUCGUGCAAACAAAAAGACCCAUUUUUUUUUAUGGAAAUAAAAUCAAAUGCUCUUUAUUGUGAGGAAAUUCACAGACAGUUUGGUUUCCAUGACUGUGUAGCAGUAGAUAGUGUAGGUCUCAGUGGAGGUCCGUGCCUGCUAUGGAGAGAGCAGGUUGAAGUAACGAUUAAGACUGUUGCGAAUACCUAUAUUGAUGCUAUUAUUCGGUUUGGGAGCGAUGGACCAGUUUGGUGUUACACCGGCUACUACGGUUUUCCGGAACGUAGUCGAAGACGUGAAUCUUGGGAGCUCAUACAUAGUUUGUCUAGAGCCUCAAAUGAGUUGUGGUUGGUAACGGGGGGAUUUUAAUGAUACAAUAAUGUUUGAGGAUGAACGUAAGAGCAAUGUCCCUCAUUCGCCAUGGCUAUUGAGGGGCUUCCGAGAAGCAAUAUGGAGCAGUGGAUGAGUGAAUGUACCUUUUGGAGGUUAUUAGUGGACCUGGGAAAUAAGGCGAGACAACCCUAGAUGGAUUGAGCAAAAGUUAGACAGAAUUCUUGCUAAUGAGGACUGGCUAACCCUAUUCGGAGGUCACCAAACUAUGUCAUUUGAAGGCCUCACCAAUGAUCAUUUAAUGCUCUAUAUUCAGAUGAAUAAGGUGAACAAACACAGAAGGAGGAACACGUUCAUAUUUUAAAAUAUGUGGCUACAUGACAGUGAUUCCGAGAAGUUAUCCAACGGGCCUGGAAUAAUUCCCAUGACAUGCACAGUUGGAACCGAUUGAAAGGUUGUGGGACAGAACUGCAACAAUGGAGCAAACAUAAGAAAAUUGGUUUUCAAACGCGGAUUGAACUAUGUAAGAAGCGGCUGGCGGAUUUGAGAGCUGAAGGGGGUAGGUGGAAUGCGGAAGAAUUUAAUUGGGUGAAGGAAGUUUUAGUCUAUCUCCUAGAACGACAAAAUAUAUUUUGGAAAUGACGAGCAAAAACUUUCUUGCACAGAGGGGGAUAGAAACACAUUUUUGCCCACAAUGCAGUCAAACAAAGGAGGAGAAGAAAUAAGAUGAAUGGGUUGUGUCUACCAAAUGGGGAGUGGAUGACGGAUAGAGGCAGAAUUGGUAACAUGAUACAGGAGUACAUUGCUGGUUUGCUCACUUCAGAGUAUAGCCGGGGAGAGGGGAUCACUAUGACUGGUUUGGCUCAAGUGACCCCAUGACAGAAUCAGGAGCUGAUGCGGCCGAUUACAACCAUUGAAGUACGGAAAGCAGCUUUUGCUAUGCACCCGGAUAAGGCACCAGGGUCGGACGGGCUAAAUCCAACGUUUUCCCAACACUGUUGGGAAAUUGUGGGAGAGGAUGUGGUUAAAUUCUGCCCGACAAUUUGGACAUCUGGGAAGGUCCCAACCGAGGCUAAGUUGGGAAAUACUCCCUCAUUUAUUUGGAGUAGCAUUUUGCUGGCUCAGUAAUUGAUUGAAAAGGGUCUGCGACGAAAGGUUGGAAAUGGGCAAACGAUCUCUGUGUGGUGGGAUAAAUGGCUACCUGGAGAGGGAUCGGGGUGGGUACGGUCAGCGCCAUUGGCUGGGAUUGCAAAUAUGAAUGUGGCGGCCCUAACGAAUGCAAAUGGGGACCAAUGGAACAUUGAGAGGAUAAAAGCAAUUUUUUCAAAAGAUGAUAAAAAGGCUAUUUUAUCGAUACCGACAAGUAGCCAGAGUGUUUCUGAUGGAAUGUACUGGAAUGGAGAUAACAAGGGGCUCUACACGGUGAAUAGUGGUUAUAGGCUCCUCGGGGGGGAGUGUAAGCCAAGAGAUUGGAUGAGAUGGACUAAAAUUUAAAAUUUACAUAUUCCCUCAAAAAUGAAGUGUUUUGCCUGGCAGUUAAUGUCAGGAGUUUUACCGUUGACUAGUAACCCUGCGUAGAAGGAGAGUGGACGUGGAUUCAAUAUGCAAGCUUUGUGAGGAGGCCUAAGAAGCAGAGGAACAUUUGUUUCGGCAGUGUAGGGUGGCGCAGACAGUUUAGCAAAAACCGGGAACCCGAUUCGUCAGACAGAGCGAAGAUUUCACUAAUUGGGUUAAAAGUUUUUUUUUUUGAAAAUUCGCAGGGUGGGAAUUUAUGUCACUUUAUUGCUACUCUAUGGAAUCUAUGGAAGAUUCAGAAUGACAAAGUUUGGAAGAAUAAGGAAGGCAACUGGCAGCAAUGUCUGGAGAUUGAAUUGGCAGUCCUCAAAGGAUGGCAAGAAGCUCAAAAGGUGGGAAGCAGACCGAGUGCAGAGAAGCGACGUGUGCGUUGGAAGAAGCCAGGAUCAGGAAGCAUCAAAGUUAAUGUUGAUGCGACACUUGAUCUGACAAGGAAUAGGCGAGCUUGGGCAUGGGUGGCAAGAGACGAGCAUGUGAAUUUCAUUAAGGGAGGAUGGCAGACGAGGUAAGACAACUGGACGACAGGGAUAACAGAGGCAAUGUAAGUGCGGGAGGCCAUAUGGUGGGUUCAAGCGCAAGGCUGGCAGGAUGUUGACGUGGAAACAGAUUCCUUACUGGUGGCGUCUGGGAUGGCAUGAAGAGAUGGAGAUGCUUACUUUGAUACUUUGAUAGAGGAUAUUAGACUCACGUUUACUUCACGGCAGCGAAGUAAACGCCUCCCCAGUCUUCGUAAUGAAGUCAUGCAUUGUCAGAGAUUCACAAAUGUGGUAGCUCAUAAGCUUGCUCGGGCUUCCCUUUCUAUGUCGGAUGGUUAUUAUUCGAUUUGUAGUCCACCUAAUUGUAUUGUCAUUCAGUUGAACAAUGAUAGUUUGAAUUAAUGAAAGUGAAGUUUUAUUCUCAAA